CUUGGCUGAGACCCUCGGCGGAUCCAAGUUCGUUCCUUCAGGUUCAGUCACUCGUUUUUUGAGGUGCAGGACGUCUACGAUGCGUCUUCUCCUCGUCCACUCCUUUCUGUCAGUAUUUGGAAUCGUACAUGGAGCAGUUACAGUUUAUGGUCCACAUGUCCAGCAACCUCUCGGUUCGCAAACGGUGACGGCUCCCUCAGCCUCGUACACCGGCGCUGCUACAUAUGAUCAGACUGUUUUGACUCCACCCCCUGUACCCAAUCCACCACCGCCCACUUCUUUUGGUGUGCAGCUGCAAACCGGUGGCGCUGCAACCGGCCUUUCCAUACCCCAGAGUGGUGCAUUCUUUGGUUUUAGUAUCGAAUUCAGUGUCGUUAGCCAAGUCCUUGGCUUAAACAGCUCGUUCAUGCAGGUGCCGUUCCUAAACUUAAUGGCUAACCUCAGGGAACGCGCCGGAAGCGUUCAGGUGCGACUUGGUGGAAACAGUCAGGAAACCGCUACGCUGGUCAACUCCAUUCCGGACGGAAAGUCUAUGGAAAAGGACACGGUGAACACGUCCAACCCGACUGAUACUCCGCCUUUGCUCUUUACGCCAGAGAUUAUCAAGAUGAUGGCCAGCAUAUCCGCGUUGACGAAUGUUCGCUGGUACUUGGGCAUUCCAUUCUACGACACCUCAAACUUCCAGCUACAAAUAGCUGAGGUUGGCGAAGCCAUUCUCGGUGAUUACUUGGUUGGUUUACAGGGCGGUAACGAACCCGAUCUCUAUUCCAAACACGGUCACCGUCCCAGCUCCUACAGCCCACAGGAUUAUACGAAUGAGUUCGGAUUACUCGUCAAUGCAGUGAACGCGGAUCCCAACUUACCAGACAAGGACAUUCUCAUCGGUCCCAAUUUGUCUGGCACCUGGGAGCCAGAGCAGGUCUGGGAUACUGGUUUUGCUACCGAUUAUAGCCAGAGCUUAAUCACGCUUGCCGUUGAACAUUACCCAACAGAUAAUUGUUAUGCCCAAUACGGUACCGGCACGCCGCGCAAUCCACAGGAUAUGUUCCCUACGUACCUGACGCACAAGUCUGGGCAAGACAUCGUAUCACCAUAUAUCAACUCGACCGGUUACGCACAGUCAUUGGGGAAGCCCUUUGUCAUGUUUGAAACGAACACCGCGUCGUGCGGUGGUUUCCCCGGUCUUAGUGACAGCUUUGGUGCCGCCCUGUGGGGUGUUGAUUAUGCUCUUCAGAUGGCCUAUGUCAACUUCACAGGUGCUCUGUUCCAUGUUGGUGGUCAGAGCGAUUACUAUAAUCCCUUUACCCCUCCGGUAACUAAUCAAUCGACGUUCCACCAGUGGACGAUCGGACCUAUCUACUAUUCCGCACUGCUCGUGGCAGAAGCCUUGGGCUCGUCCAACCAGUCCCGAGUUCUUGACCUUGGCAUGAAUGGAGGGAACGAGUUCACGCCUGGCUACGCCAUUUACGAAAACGGGGAACCUACGCGAGUCGCUCUGAUUAAUUUCGUUUCGGACCCUACUGGUGCAAGUGACUAUACUGCAAGCAUUUCCCUCGCCGGUGGGUCGACACCAGCCCAAGUCAAAGUAAAAUACCUUUCAGGGAGUUCCGUUGCACAGAAAUGGAACUUUACGUGGGCGGGGCAGACCUUUGGUGACGCAUUCACCUCUGAUGGACGUCCGGUAGGCAAUAUUGAUGUCCAGACGGUGACCUGCGACCAGGCGAAUGGGGUCUGUAACGUCAAGGUACCUGCACCCGGCGCAGCGUUGGUCUUCCUCAGUGACCAAGCCCUCGAAGAAUCCGAUCCCGGUCCAACGAUGACCUUCCCAACGACGGCCUACACCAAAUUGCACAAUACUGCCACCAUCGACCCGUCCGCGCUCGCUACUUCGAAUGGCAACAUGGGCACGGCAGACUGGCUGGCUGGCACGAGCCAAGGCUCGUUGGAAAACAGUGCCUCUGGAUUCGCGCAGGCAUUACCGAGUCUUGGCGCCGUCAUCGCUGGUGCGCUGCUCGUUGUUCGAAUGGCUUACGCAAGUUAGGUGACGAUUCGAGACCAUUUACAGUUGGCUUUUUUAUUCUUUUGGAGUCUUUGUUGUCUUAUUCAGUCACCGGUAGUUGCAUUUUGAUUACUUAUUUCCGCAAUAAUGCUUGGAAAGGGCAGAUAUCUACCUCAUCCCAACGAGUUUUGAAGGUGUAGCAUACCCUUAGAAUGCGAAUAUAUUCGUG